GUAGCUUCCGUUAUCUGGUAUCGCUUCCGCCAGGUGACGAUGGUGGCGAGUGGCUGAAGGAAAUGAGAGGGAACCUGGGACUCAUGGCAACCGUCAUUGCAACAAUGGCAUUUCAAAACGGUCUCAACCCACCCGGGGGCGUUAUUCAAAACGGCGACAACGGAUCCGUCACUUGUCCGUUACCAAUUGCCCACGGUCAAGCAUGUCCAGGUCAAUCCGUUUACGCUGCAGUUGACCGUCACGGUUACUCCGGGUUCAUGCUAACUAACUCUAUCUCCUUCUUGUUUUCAAUCACCACGUGCAUAUUGGUCAUAAGCGGUGUUCCUCUGGGUCCAGGGUACCCAACUCUGGUGUUAGCAAUGCUCAUGUCCUUCUCUCUCAUCCUUCUUGCCGUGUCAUACACGCUCGGUGCUUUUCUUCUCAAUCCGCGUAUUCAGAAAACUCACGCCGGAUUUCGCGUUUUUAUCUAUGUGUUUGUCACGUUUCUGGUGGUUUUGCUUUCGUUGCGAUUUGUUGCUUUGAUACUCGCCGUUCGGCGCGUGAAGAAAAAAGCUGAUACCACUCCCGCACUUCCCAGCCAAUGAGGAGGUAGAGUUCGUUACGCUGCUUUGGAGAGUGUGAUGUGAGUUGCCAAUUGCUGGAGAGUGGAGACUUCUGCUAAUUUGUAAUGGUUGUAAUAAUAUCAUAAUAAUGUUUUGUUUUGAUUUCUUGUGAUGGAUUAUGCACUUCCUCACUUGCCUUCUUUGGCUUAUGUGAUGACUAUUAUUUUGGAGAAUUAGAAUUAACUAACUCCAAAUACAAUGUCCAAUUGAAUUGUUCUUGUUCUUGCCAUGCACAUGUUCUGUUUGAUGAAAUGCUUCACUGGUUUGGAAGGUUCUUACUUCUUACCCAACCCGAGAGGCCUGCACUUCUAUUUGGGCUCCAUAAAUGUAUAUCUGGCUCUAGUGUUCUUGUAUAGAACCUAAGAGGAAUGCCACUAGGACAUGGAGAAAUAAUUGUUAUGAAAAGGAUCAUCUCAUUUUAACUUGGGCAAUGAAAAUUCUUCUCUUUGGUUUUUCAAAUUGAUUGAGUGGAGGAGCUAUUGGUGCCAGAGUUUCUGUUACUACUUACUAAUAUUGUGGAUAGUCAUAUGAGGGUUAAGGAUAUUUGAAAUUUUGAAUUGACAAUCAAUGGAACUUGCAGCAUCUAUAUACAAGUGUUCCCCAAGAUAUAAUUUUAUCACUCUUCUAACAGCACCUUGUUCUGAUUUUGGAAGACACUUGGAUUUGGAAACCAAAACCAUCAGGUUUCUAUGUUACAUCUUCAGCUUACUAUUGGCUCCAUAAGAAGAACAGAGAGAUUGAUGUGCAUAUAGAUUGGCAUUGUCCAGAGAUAAAGUUUGUUAAAAUCAAUUUAGAUGACAGCAUCAAUUCCCUUGGGACCAUGGCUGAGUGUGGAGUAGUGAUUUGGAAUGGCGAAUGGGAGUGCAAACUGUCUAGCCAAGAUGGUUGUGGAUGCAUCUGUUGUGUGCAAGGAUUGGAAUGAACCCCCUACUCAGGUUCUUCCUCUCCUAUAUCUUGAUUUUGUUGUAGACUAAUCUUUUGUUUUCUUCUCUUUAUAUUACCAAUAGAAGAUAGUUUUUAGUGAGUUCAUGAUGCUACUCUCUUACACCCUUCAAAGCUUGAGAACUUGAAUGGUAAUAUCAAAGAAUUAAAUAACAUGUGAUAAAAAGCGAAUUCUGUCACACUUGUAAGAGUAACAGGGGAUGCACAACCUCUCUCACAUUUUAUGCUCUACCACUUAAACUUGUAUCAUUAGAAGCGUGAAGUUAUUAUAUUCACUGCCUUCUUAUAUUGAAGAAGUUACAAUCAGUAAUUCUUGUUUAAAUUUGA